ACCUCAUAAAGAUGUCAGCGCCCUUCUCCCGUUUUGUGUUUGGAGGAAAGUAGGACGUUUUCUAUUGAAUUCUGUUAUCAUAGGUCAGACAACUGCGUACAGCACAAAAAUGGACACAGACAGAACUACGAAGCUGGAGUUUGCAGUGACAGUUGUGCAGAGAAAGUCCAAGCUGCACUGGAAGGAAAACCAGGCAGGAGUGUGGUCGGUGAGGAUAGACGUGGGGAAGGAAGAGGUUCUGGUGGAAGCAGCUCUGACAUCCCAUGAGGUGCAGGAUCUCAUAGAGAGCACUGGAUGCAGGGCAGGACCUGGGUGCAGCGGUAGCCAUGAUGGGUGGUAGCGGUUCAUGGGGUGGUGCGGUUCCUGCAGCUGUCUGAGGAGCGCUGUCUGAUCGACGGGAUCAUUGAUGGUCUGGAACCUGGUGCCCAUGGCCUCCACGUCCACACGCUAGGAGACCUCACACAGGACUGCCAAAGGUAACCUGUGUGUGUGUGUGAAGCACACACAAAUGUUAUAUUAGCACCAAAAUGCCAGUUAUAUGCAUUAUUUGAGGAUUUUUUAAUAUUAUAUUUUUCAUAGUAUAUUAUACUGUAUGCAUUGUUUUGGCCCCAAUUUUUUUUACAGCCUUCAGAGUUUCCUCAAAGUCAAUUAAAGGAACCCUUGAAUAGAUCUGUCACUUUAUGAUUGCAUCAAGGCAGCUCAUGAUGAGGUCACAGUUGCACCUGCUUGCCCCAGAGGAUCAUGGGAGCGGAUGACUCAUGUUUCUCUCUCCGUGUAUGUUUGUACAGCUGUGGAGAACACUAUAACCCCUAUGGGAGACAACAUGGCGCCCCACAGGACCCAGACACAUGUAGGUGAUCUGGGGAAUAUUGAGCUCAUGGUAGAGGAGAGAUGAGGAUAGCAUUUGGGUGGACUGACUGUAAGUCAGAGUUGAAGGAGUUAAUUAAUUGUAUUUGACCAUUUUAAAAUACAAUUAUAUAGGUUCUUGGAAUGUCUCUUAGUGAUAGUAUUCUGUGUAUAUUCCCGUGUGACUCGUGUCAUGUUACCUUCAUUGUCUGGACUUUGCAGGUGCUGGCCCUGUCUAUGUAUGUGUAUCUAUUGCUCUGUGCUCAUUGGGUACAGACUGGCCUGUGGGAUCAUCGCUCGCUCCGCUGGCCUGUUCCAGAACGCCAAGCAGAUCUGUGAGUGUGACGGGGUGACACUGUGGGAGGAGAGGGACCGACCGCUGGCUGGAACGGGCCGCAGCAAAACCACCACAGAGACACCUGCCGUUCACCUGUAAUGCCAGACACCUGGGUCAUAUUCAUUAGUGCACAAUGUAGCAAAAGGUUUUGCAACAAAAGUCCAGGUUAUCCGUCCGUGUGUUCUGUUUAGUGAUCAGUGAAUAUGACCCGGAAUGGUGAACCUCACUGGCUGUUGCUUAUGAUGUCGCACACAGACUGAAACUGCACUAAGAGUGGGAGAGAGGUUAAGUAGGUGACCGAGGAGGAGAUAUCAAAUAAUUGUCUGUUCAGCAGUCAUCUUCCUUUUUAUUGAGAUGCCAUAUUGAAUUCUUCCGAGACCGGAACCUAUCAUGACAGACUGAAGAAACACAACAGGAAUAGGAUGUGUGUUCCUGGACACUGAAUAGUCUCACAUAUAAACAAUAUUCUUGUUUCAAGACAGAAUUAUCCCAUGCUGACUAUUCUGUUGUUUAAUAGUUAAUGUUUAUCAAUCAGUCAAUGUUGUCAUUCUAUGUUUGAUUACAAUGUGAUCUACUGUGUAAAUAUCAGUCCCUCCAAAUGUGUUACGUGAGAUUGUGGUUUUCCUCCCAAAUGUGGUAUGACUUAAAUCACGAUGAUUUUAUCCAAAUCUUUGUAACCAGAGAUUAUUUUUCUUUGUAACUUUUUCUCAGUGAGCUUGCAAUAAAAGGCACCAGUUGCCCUUUGGACUGAA